AAAACUUAAAGCAAGUCAUACCCUUAAAUUGACACAAAUACUGACUCGAGUUGCUUGUGCCAACUUCAAGUACCCUCCCUGCCAGAUUGAGGGUCUAAAUCGAGAAGUGUGUGUAAAGUGUUAAGUUGACUGUGGGGGACCACGUAUUUUCGUGCAAGACCCUAAGGUUAAAAUGCUCCGGAAAGUUUUAAGUCGGUCCAUAGGGAUUAGUGAGAGAACAGUCCCCCAUACGGACAGGCCUGCGCGAAGCUUCGCUACGUCAAUCAGUUUACUCAGAGCUCAGCUUAUCGAUGGCAAGAAGGUCGCGGGGGAGAUAUAUAAAGAGUUAUCAGCAGAGGUUCAAAGUAUGGUAGCUAGUGGUAAAAGAGCCCCCCAUUUAGUCUUAGUACGUGUUGGGGGAGACCCAGCAUCUGGAAGUUACGUUAAAAACAAAAUGAAGGCAGCAGAAAAGAUUGGUAUGCAAAGUACAAUUCACCAUCUUCCUGAAGAUACCAGCCAAUCAUCAUUGCUUUCUCUAAUCAAUGAACUUAAUGUGGACCCUGAUGUGGAUGGGAUCUUGGUGCAGUUGCCUGUGCCACCUCAUAUGGAAGAGAAAGUAAUUUGUAAUUCUGUUGUCCCUGAAAAAGAUGUUGAUGGCUUCCAUAUUACGAAUAUUGGCAGGUUUUGUUUAGAUUUGGAGUGUUUUGGUCCAUGUACUCCUUUAGGGGUCAUGGAGUUGAUAAGACGGUAUGGUAUUGAAACCUAUGGUAAGAACGCUGUCGUAUGUGGGCGAAGUAAAAAUGUAGGAAUGCCUAUAGCAAUGCUCUUGCAUGGAGAUGGUGUCCGUCCUGAUGGUGCAACUGGAGGUUUAGAUGCAACUACAACCAUAUGUCACCGUUACACACCAACUGAUCAGUUGAGGGUCUUCACUGCUACAGCUGAUAUCAUUGUCACUGCUGCUGGAGUCCCUGGUCUUAUUACUGGUGACAUGAUAAAGCCAGGAUGUGCUAUUAUAGAUGUCGGAAUUAAUCGCAUUAAAGACCCCGUCACAGGCAAAGCAAAGUUGGUUGGUGAUUGUGACUUUGAAAGUUGUUCUGAAAAGGCAGCAUACAUUAGUCCAGUUCCAGGUGGUGUUGGACCCAUGACUGUAGCAAUGUUAAUGCGCAACACAGUUGCUGCAGCCAAGAGAUCAACUUGAUGAAUGCUUUAUAUAGUAUCCGAUAAUUUAGUUCCUCUUCCAGAUAUUGACCUUAAUUACUUAAGGUAUAUUUAUCACCCCACUUUAUUUCUUUUUUUUUUUUUGCUUUUCGAUUUUGGAGUAUAGUUUCCAAUUUGGUAACUACUACAGACACUGGAACAGAACUCAAACGAAGUAUGUAGAGAUUUUUAAAGCAUUGAAAUAUAGUAAAGUUUAAUUAUAAUUCACCAAACAGUAUUGCUUUGCAUUUUAUUAGUGCUGUUUUAGAGAAAAAUGUGUUGUCAAUUCAAGGGAAAAGGGUCCAUGUAUAUUAGAUGGUUUUGGUAGCGUUCAGUGCAUUAGUCUUCCUAUAGUAUGGUUAAGCAGUUCUUUUGUUUUUUGAGUACUAUUUCUGGAAAAUGUUAAAAUUUCUGGGAAAAUUUUGUACCAAAUAUUUUGUGAUUUUUAAAAAUUGUCUAACACAAAUAGCAAUAUAUGCAAAAGCACAGUAAAUUUUUUUUUAUAAAGCAUUGUAGCCUAGCUAAUUUCAAUACUUUUAUACUUAAUAGUUUAGCUUAAAGCGUUUCAGAACGAAAGCUCCAAAAGGAUUCUGAUUUUCAAUAAAACUAAUGUAAAUAA